AUGGUAUCUGUUUCGACGAACGGGAAUGGUCCGCAGAUUGCUUUCACUCCUGUUAUUGCGGCGUUGAAUACUAUGCGCGAUGGCCAACGAGGACAAAAGGAGGCAGCACAUAGUUUUCUAGAGAGUUUCCAGAAGUCGGCGGAGGCAUGGCAGAUUACGAUUGGCAUCCUGUCGUCAGAUGCGGAGCCAGAUGCGAAGCUCUUCGCGGCUACUACUCUGAGAGGAAAGAUUACCUAUGACAUUCAACAAAUACCAGGCGACUCCUUGCCAGCGCUGCGAAAUCAACUCUUAGAGCUCUUGAAAGUGUUUGCGACAGGGCCACGACCGAUUCGAAUCCAACUAUGCGUCUGCUUGGCCAUUUUAGCUAUACAGAUGACAGCCUGGAAGGAUGUGGUACCGAUGGUCGUAUCAACAUUGGGAAACUCCGCAGAAAGUCUCGCCUGUGUUCUAGACUUCUUGAAAGUUCUUCCCGAAGAAGUCACCGAGGGACGAAAGAUCACUUUGACAGAAGAUGAGCUUCAACAGAGAACUCAGGAACUGUUGGGAGAUAAUACCGCCCAAGUUGUACAACUGUUGAUUGCAUAUGCGCAAUCGUCUGAAGCAGCAGCGACAAACCCACAACUACUCGAAGUCAUUACAUCUUGGCUACGGGAAGUGCCUGUUGCCGACAUAGUCAACUCACCUCUUCUGCCGAUAAUAUUUAAUGCUUUAAACAACGACCGUUCUUUCGAAGCAGCAACAGAAUGUCUGUGUUCUAUAUUCAAGGAGACUCGCGAGGUUGAUGAGUACAUGCCUACCAUCGAGAUACUUUUACCUCGUGUAUUGGCGCUUCAGCCUCGAAUUGCGCAAGCUGCCCAGGAAGAAGAUUCAGAGUCGUUCAAGGGAUUUACUCGCAUUUUUGCCGAAGCUGGUGAAGCAUGGGUUGUCUUAAUUGCUCGUGAGCCCAAUGUUUUCCGACCUUUGGUGGAAGCAAUUUUGGAGUGUACUCACAGAGACUUCGAUAAAGAUGCAAUUUCUCUGACUUUCAUUUUCUGGUACGAGCUCAAACUCUAUCUCAUCCUUGAGAUGUACAUCGAAGCUCGUAUGCAAUAUGUGGAUGUAUACUCUAGUCUUGUGGACAUCAUGAUGCAACAUUUGGAGUUCCCUUCAGCAGAUGGCGCAGACGAAACGGACUUGUUCGAUGGUGAUAGGGAUGCGGAGGAAAAAUUUCGGGAGUUCCGUCACCACAUGGGAGACGUUCUCAAAGAUUGUUGUGAGAUUAUGGGCGUCACACCAUGCCUCACAAAAGUUUACGACGCUAUUAAGUCCUGGAUGAGUUCUUAUGCUAGUCAUGCAACCGAAGCCUCUGUUCCACAUUGGCAACAGCUUGAAGCACCUCUCUUCGGCAUGCGUGCAAUGGGAAGAUUGGUCGAUAAAGAUGAAGAUAUCAUACUUCCUCAGAUUAUACCCCUCCUGGUACAGAUUCCUCAUCACGAGAAACUUCGAUUUGCAACUAUUAUGGUAUUAGGUCGCUAUACGGAGUGGACUUCUAACCAUCCCGAAUUUCUUGAGUCUCAAUUCCAGUACAUUGUAUCCUCGUUCACAACCGACUCGAAGGAAAUUGUUCGAGCAGCUGCCAUGGCGAUGAAGUUCAUUUGCAGUGAUUGCAAGCACUUGCUUGGUGGCCAAGUAGUACAAUUGCAGCAGUUCUACGAUCAGACUCUUGAUAAACUACCAGGAGUCAGCCAAGAAGAAUUAACGGAAGGUGUUGCAUCUGUUGUUGCUGUUCAACCACCAACCCAGACAUAUCAACUCUUGAAACUGUAUUGUGAUCCAUUGAUGGCUAGACUAAUGACCUUGGCAAAUCAAGCUAACGAUGAAGAAUCGAAGCUUAAGGUUGCUGAUCAUAUGCAAUUGGUCACAUUAUUUGUACAAAUUGUUAUUCCUUGGAUUGAGCCAAAUCAGGACCAUCCAGCAGUGAAAUACUGUCAGGAGAUCUUCCCCAUUUUGUCGACGAUUUUAGAUUCAUUUAUGACUUUCACUCCAAUCUGUGAGAGAGUAUGUCGUACAUGGAGAUAUAUGAUCAUAUCAUAUCGAACUUCAAUGGCUCCUCUCCUUCCUCAGAUGGCCAACAAACUCGCAGAAGGUUUCGCAGCGUCACGACAAGGCUGUUUCCUCUGGGUUACUAGUGCUAUCUUGCGUGAGUUCUCUGAGGACAGAGAGCACGUUGACGAGCAAACCACAGAAUCAAUUUACACCUUCUUUGAAGCCCAGUCGACCGCGAUGUUGAAGGCCAUGACUGAUCUUCCACCUCAAGAUCUCCCUGAUGUUAUCGAGGAUUUUUACCGUCUCUUGCUUGACGCUUUGCUAUACUACCCUCAUAAAAUGAUUCGAUCGCCUCUGUUUACGCCAAUAUUUAGGGCUGCCAUCGCUGCUUUAGAUCUCGAGCAACGUGAACCUUUGUCUGCAGUCUUGCAUUACAUCCGAGAUGUCAUCAGCUACGGUGGUGAUAAUCCUUCAAGUUCAGUGUCAAACAUAAAUCCACCCGAGAUUCAACAAGAAAUUCGACAACUUAUUCUUGCUAACGGUAAUGAGUUAGUGAAAGGAAUCAUGAAAGGCAUGAUGAUCAGUUUCCCAGGAGACUGUUUUACUGACGGCAGUGGCGUUCUUCUUGGUCUUUUCGAAAUCUUACCACAGGAAACUACCAAUUGGGUUGAUGGCAUUCUACGCAUGCUGCCAACUGGGACCGUCAGGGAGGCUGAAAUCGACCGAUUGAUGAACAACAUUCGAGAGAAGCUCAGCGUCGGUCAUGAUGGUGUCCGCAAGGUUCGCAGCUUACUGCAAGACUUUACAAACACUUAUCGGAGACGUUAUGUUGCUCCCAGGGACGGCUUGGGCCGACUUGAGGCCACUAGGUUUCAUUACAAUGGUUAG